AUGCCCCGUUCCAGGCCGGCAACGACGGGAUAUGAGCGUCUGGCUCAGGCCGAUGCUCUCUCCUCCGACUCCGAAGACGAUGACCCUUUGACCCAGUCUUAUGCCUCCCUCCAGCCGCCCGCUGCCCCUCGCUUCGCCCCCAUCUCCCAGCCGCGCCCCCGCUCGGGCAUGACGACCCCGAAACCCGUCUCCAUCUCCGCCUCCGGCCCCUCUGCAAGACCGAGAAACCGGCGCCGCGUCGGGAGCAACUCGGGCGUUGACCUCAAAGCCAUCAACGCCCGCCUCGAGCGCUGGGCCGACGAGAUCGCCAGUCGCUUCAAGCGCACCAAGGGUCGCGGUAAGGUCGGCGAAGAGGAGCGUCUCGAGAUUCACCACUCCGUCUUUCAGGCUCCCGAGGGCGUCCGGCCCAUCACACCAGAGGGACUGGCAGUGCCGCAGGAUGUUAUGACAAAAGCUCAAUUCGAUGAGAUCAUCGGCAGCGUUAGGCAGGCCAUCCUCCAGGGAACUCAUCCCCGCAUGAUCUCCCAGGGAAGCUCCGGCAGUUACUUCGCUCGAAACACGGAGGGCAAGGUCGUGGGCGUUUUUAAGCCCAAGGAUGAGGAGCCAUAUGCGGCUGGCAAUCCCAAGUGGAACAAGUGGAUUCAUCGUAACCUGUUCCCGUGUUGCUUCGGGCGAGCAUGCCUCAUUCCCAAUCUUUCAUACGUCAGCGAAGCGGCAGCAUAUACCCUCGAUUGUCAACUACGCACCCACAUGGUUCCAUAUACGGACGUUGUAUGGCUCUCCUCGAAAUCCUUUCACUACCCUUUCUGGGAUCGCCGUAACUACUACCGGAAACAAAAGCCUCUCCCAGAAAAGCCGGGAAGCUUCCAAGUCUUCCUCAAGGGCUUCAAGGACGCCAAUGUAUUCUUGAGAGAACAUCCCUGGCCAGACCAGUACUGGUCCGGGUUUAGGGCUAACGACCCGCAUCGCAAGCGUAGAAGGAGAUGGGCGGAUAACUGCCGGCCAAGUAGGGGCGCUGCUUUGGAUGACAUCGAGAGUGACGAUGAAGACAGGCAGGAAGAGCUGCCCCUGGGCCCCGAUAACUUUAUAUGGACUGAAACGCUCAAGCAGUCCUUCAGGGAAGAGCUAGAAAAGCUGGUUAUUCUGGACUACAUUAUGCGAAAUACAGAUCGUGGUCUGGACAACUGGAUGAUCAAGGUGGACUGGAGCACUCAGCAGGUUUCGAUUGCGUCUGAGCCGCUCCAGAUGCACAUGGAGACUGGACCGUCUGAGGAGGAAGGACCGCGGCCGGUAGAUUUGAGCCAGCGGCCAUCGCCGAACCGCUCUUCGUACCCUUAUAAGACGCAGCAGCCCAUGAAGGCAUCGAGCCCGGCACCCCGCACGCAGGACCCAAAAAUCACCAUUGGUGCUAUUGACAACUCACUCUCCUGGCCAUGGAAACAUCCAGACGCAUGGCGAAGCUUCCCGUUUGGAUGGCUCUUUCUACCGGUUGAUCUCAUCGGCAGGCCGUUUUCGCAAAAGACACGGGACCAUUUCCUUCCACUUCUAACCUCGACGCACUGGUGGAGCCAGACGCAGCUGGCGCUGCGAAAGGUGUUCCAGCUAGAUCCUGAUUUCCAGGAAAAGAUGUUUGCUCGGCAAAUCGCCGUGAUGAAGGGCCAGGCGUGGAAUGUCGUCGAGACACUCAAGACACCGGACCAUGGCCCCCUGGAGCUCACUCGUCGCGCCAAGGUCUGCGUUUGGGACGACCUCGUCGACGUCCCCGUCGCGGUGCCAAUGCGGGUCACUUCAUCCGAGAUGAUGCGCCAUGAGGCAGAGCUCCGUCGGUCCAUUGACGAGGGUGAUAUUGGCGAGGCCAACUCGUCACACGCGCCUCCGCAUCGCCCAGACGAAGACCUGCUCGGCUUCGCCAGCCCCCCGGCCGACAUGCCUCACCCGGGCAGGUUUGAGAUGGCGAUAAGCCCGACGGGCGAGGGUGCACAGUCACCAGACGAGCUGUCCAUGAACGGCUCAGGAAUCCUGGCGUCGUCUGCACCGCUGGGUAAGGAUCAAACACUCCAACGACCUAGGUUCUCCGGCCAGGCACACCGCGAAAGCUACCACGGAUCUAGGGCUCUUAACAUGUAUUCUCCUGCCCGUCAACAGUCACAACAACGGCGGUACUCGUUCGCGACGGCCGCAGGACGUCGUAACAGCAGCAGCAUCGCUCAACAACUGUAUGGGGCACGCCCAAGCGAGGAGUACGACGACGACCUCGAGGAGGGUGACUUGGGCUACGCCGCGGCGGAGGGCAUGGAGGGCAACCAACGCAAGGUCAUUGUGGAGAGGCUGGAGCCGGUCAAAGCCAGGAACCCGGUUUUCACCUGUUGGUGA